UAAAACACCCACCAGCCACCACAUCAGUAAUCACCCACAAAGGCCACAUCUAAGAUAUUUCCCAAUAUAAAUUUCUCUCCCAUAUCUGAAAAUCUAGCUUCUCAUCCCCACCCAAGUUGCACAACAACAAUUAAGAUAAAAAAAACCAAGUGGUCUUGAUAGAGUGGUUGACUGGUUGUUCACUGUGUCCCUUAAUCAAUUAAUCGAGGGUUCGAUCCUCAACCUUUGAAAAUGAAAAGAGAUUAUUGACCAACCCUUUAUCUUUAAGUGGAGCAUCUGGAACGAAAGGAUUAGUUACUGCUAUCGACAGUAAAUACCUUAGUUGUUCACUCAAAAAAAAUAAGAUAAAAUAAAAAAAUAGAUAAGUUUGAGGCACUCCAUAUAAACAAAAUUAAAUAGACUCCCAAAAAGUUAAGCUAGCUGUUCCUCUUUGUGGACAUGCCGUCCAUUAAUCUCCCCACAAAAUUAUCACAAAAGCAACAAAUUUAAAGUCCUCUCCUACAUCCAUCCAUGUCGGUGAUAUCUUAUUAUUCCCAUCCAUAAUAAUAUAUACUCCUCAAAAUUAAAAACAAAAACCAACCCUCAUCUUUAUUUUUAUAAAUAUAUAUAACCCAUAUUUAUUUUCCCCCAAACUCAAAAAACUCAAAACCCCCAUAAUUCCUCUCUCUAUUUUCUCUCUCCUCAACAGAAAAAAUUGUGAAUUAUCAAAAAAAGGGGGCAUGGAAGCGGGGUCAACGAAGAAGAGAGAGAGAGCAGAGAAACCAUACAAAGGGAUAAGGAUGAGAAAGUGGGGAAAAUGGGUUGCUGAAAUAAGAGAACCUAAUAAACGUUCAAGGAUAUGGUUAGGUUCAUAUUCAACACCAGUUGCAGCUGCAAGAGCUUAUGAUACAGCAGUUUAUUAUCUUCGUGGACCUACUGCACGAUUGAAUUUUCCAGAGUUACUUAUGGGUGAGUGUCGUUUAAGUGAUUUAUCGGCGGCUUCGAUUAGGAAGAAAGCUAUUGAAGUUGGUGCUAGGGUUGAUGCUCUUGAAACUGCUUUUCAACGCUCUAAUAAUAAUAAUAAUAAUAAUCAUUGUCAUGAUAAUAGUAAUCAUCAUCGUAAUCAUCGUGAUGGUGGUAAGGUUGAGGAGGAUGAUGAUGAUGAAGAGGAGAGAGAAAAGAGUAGUGGUGGUUGUGGAUGGGUAGUUGAUGAUAAACCUGAUUUGAAUAAGGUACCUGAACCUGAAGAUUCUGAAGAAUGGGAAGAUUCAUAGAUAGAAACAAAUUUAAAGAAAAGAAAAAGAGAAUUAAAGAGUUUUCUCUUUUUUUUUUUUUUUGGGUUUCGAUUGAAUUGAUGAAGUUUCUAGAAUGAGAGAAACAGAGAGUUUUUGCAAAUUAUAAACAAGUUAGGUUGCGGUUGUGGUUGCGGUGGGUUACGGUGGCGCAAGAUUCGAUGUCGGUGGUGGUGGUGGCGGCGGAGUAGAGAGAUACUACUUUUUUUUUUAAUGGUGGGGCCAGUUUUAAAAAUGAACUCUUUUCUCUCUAUAUUUCUUUUUUUUUUUUGUUUUUUUAGAGUUAAGUUAGCUUUUUUUUUUUCUUUUUUGAAACUUAUUACCCUUUUUUUAUUUCUUUUCUUGAAGAUAGGCAAAUGAAAUUUUGGGGGAUGUAAGAGGAUAAUAUUGUAAAUACAUGGGUCUUUCUUUCGUUAAUUUUUAAUAUAGUAGAGUAACUCGCUAGUAGUAGCUCUCAAAUGACCCCCUUUUUCUUCUUGGUUUUCUCCUUAUGUUAAUGCUUUUGCAGGAAUUGUGGACGCAUGGUCUUUUUAGUGGUUUGUUCUUCUGUA